ACUUCCCACAUUCCAAAACUUCCAAAACCAAACCAUUUUUUUCAUCUGUUACAAUCACAAGCAAAAAACAGAGCAAAAAAAAAAACAAUGGCUGUUUCAUCUUCUUCUUCUCUUUUGCUCCUUUUUGUUCUCUUUGCUUUUGCUGCUGCAGCACCUAAGGAUUACAUACUUGGUGGCAAACCUGAUGCGUGGAAGGUUCCGUCUUCUGAAUCGGACUCUCUCAACAAAUGGGCUGAAAGUGUUCGCUUCCACAUUGCAGAUCAUCUUCUUUUUACCUAUGAAGCUGGGAAAGACUCUGUUUUGCAAGUGAGCAAAGAGGAUUACGUGAGCUGCAACAUCUCAAACCCGAUCAAAAAGUACAAUGAUGGGAAAACAAAGGUGAGAUUUGAUCGUUCAGGUCCAUACUACUACAUCAGUGGAGAAAAGGGUCACUGUGAAAAGGGUGAGAAAGUGACUGUGGUGGUUAUAAGCCAAAGAAGUCCAAGUGUCGCUCCUGUUUCACCUGCUUCUGCGCCUUCACCAGGUGGCGGUGUUGAAGGUCCAGCCGUUGCUCCAAGUCCAACUAGCAGUGCAGAUGUUUUGCAAGGUGGUGGAGUUUUGAUGGCUAUGGGAGUGGUGGCUUCUAUGUGGGUUUUCUGAUUUGAAUUGCCAUCUUUUUAGUUAGAAUAUUUCUAUUAUUAUUAUUAUUAUUAUAAAUAUUGGGAUUGGUUUAAAGUGUUUUAGAGACAGUCACAGUGUGGUGAUUGCUAGUGCUAUUAUUUUGUUGGGACCAUAUUAUUCAAUUUUUAAUAGUAUGAAUUAUAAUUUAUAUGGUUUGGCUUUCA